AUGCGUAAACCCCAUUCCAUGAACCCCAAGCCAUUCUUCCCCGUUAAUAUCCAACAGCCGAGUCAAUCCGGGGGAGCCACUGGGGGAGGGCAUGUCAGCGUCACAUCGGGUCGUGGUAUGGACCUCUCUGGCGAAGACGGCAGCUUCCUAUCCGUAGAAACCGAGCUUUAA